AUGUGGAAAGGUUGGAAUGAUCUUGUGGGCACAGUGACUGGUGGAAAUCAUCACACCUCUACGGAAAAUAGUGAAGAAAGUGAGGCAUCAAAUGAAGCAACAAAUAAUUCCUCCUCCGUACCAUCAUCAGAAUAUUACACCAAAGAUGAUUUUGAAUUGAUCAAUAAUAAGGAAGAUGCAGAAAUACAUUUAGUUAUUUUAAUUGCAGGAAUGGGUGCUAGAAAGGGACAUUACCUUUCCGAUUCACUUCUUGUUCCUUUUGGUAAAUGGUUUGAUAUUAACAAGUGUCAACAAGCAAUGAAAGAAGAAGUUUCCAAUUGUUUCAAAUCUUAUGCAAAUGAUCAGGUUAAAAAGAGAUCUCCUCAUAUUUUGAUUCGAUCAAUUGAUUAUUGUUCAACUGUUAGAGAAGAAGGAGGUUAUAAUGAAAAAUUGAAUCUUAUUUCAAUGAAAUCAGGUGUUCAAUUCCUUCGUUUAAUUGCCAAUGAAUCAAUGAUUGAUGUUUUAAUGUAUAAUAGUGAAAAAAUCAAACAACAAAUGCAAACUACUGCUGUCAAACAAAUUAAUGAAAUAUUUGAGGAAUUUAAGGAUGUUCCAAUCAAAUCAGUUUCAUUUGUUGGACAUUCACUUGGUUCUGUUCUUGCCUUUGAUAUUCUUUAUCAACAUCAAGAAUCUGGAAAUACUCUUUUAAAGAUGAAUCCUAAUAGAUGCUUUUUAGUUGGAAGUCCACUUGGUUUGUUUUUGACAAUGUCAGUUCAAACAACCAACCAAUAUUUAGAAGCAUUCCAUUGUGUUAAUCCUCAAACAAAUAAGAAACAAUUAUUGAAGGAAAUUGAUGUUUAUCACUUGUACCAUCCUUAUGACCCUGUUGCUUAUAGAUUGGAUCCUCAUUUAGAUUCUAGAUUUGGAAAACAUGAUCCUCAUAGCUUGGAGUAUUUUGCUAGAAGAUUUAAUCCAAAUCAUUAUGUCAAUCAAUUCAAUAACUAUAAAGCUAAGAUAUUUGGAAAUCAAGAAAAGAUUGAUGAAGAAUUAAGUGAACUCCUUAAACAAUAUGAAAUUAUUGAUUAUUGCCUUCCAGUAAACUCUGAGCUUGUUAUUAAUGAGUAUUUGAGUGCUGGUGAUGUACAUUUGAAAUAUUGGAACAAUACUGAAGUUAUUUGUUUCAUUUUAGAGAAAAUGAAUUUGAUUUCUGCCAACAAAUCUGAAUAAAAUCCGCCAGCUAUUUUGUACAUCAGCUUCCU